AGCUUCACACAGAAAUCGGAAAGUUCACGCCCCCAUGGACUCCCCAGUUGUAACGCAGCUGUUUCGGCAGCUCUUCAGGCACAGAGCCUGCGAAGCUGUGCGCCGGCAUUCGACUCUACCAUUGAGGCUGGGGCACCACGCCCGCGGCGGCCAGGGGAAAACAUGGACAGCGGGAAGGAGAGCAGUGUCAAGCAGCGAGGGCUCAAAUAGCGAGAGCAACUGGCAGCAGAGGACUGAUCUGUUGCCUCAGAACAUGUCACACGAGUUCAGCAAGUAUCCUAUGGUUACGUCGGAGCAAUUGAAGACCAGGAGGGAGCGGCCGACGCGGGUGAAGAUGCUCACGCGAGACUUCAUAGAAGACAGUCUAUAUAAUCCAUCCUAUGGCUACUUCUCGAAACAGGUUGUCAUCUUCACCCCCGAUGAGCCCUUCGAUUUCCUCAAUAUCCAAGACGAGCCGGAGUUCCAUCGCUUGCUGGGCCAAAAAUACACCGAUUUUGAGGAUAAGCUAGAUCGUGUCCAGUACAAUGAGACGCGGCAGCUGUGGCAUACACCGACCGAACUGUUUGCCCCAUACUACGGAGAAGCCAUUGCGCGGUACUUGGUUGCAAACUACAAGAUCUCUCAGUUCCCCUACCACGACCUAAUCAUCUACGAGAUGGGCGCUGGUAACGGAACACUCAUGCUCAAUAUCCUCGACCAUAUCCGCGAAACCGAGCCAGACGUAUACAACCGCACGAAAUACAAGAUUAUUGAGAUUUCGUCCAACCUUGCGUCGCUGCAGGCAAAGCAGUUGGUCAAAACUGCGGAUUCGAGGGGUCACCACUCCAAGGUGGAGAUUAUCAACAAGUCGAUCUUUGAGUGGAACCAGACGGUCCCUUCGCCAUGCUAUUUCGUCGCUAUGGAAGUAUUCGAUAACUUUGCACACGAUGCUAUUCGCUACGACCCAGUGACCGAGGACCCGAUGCAGGGGACUGUGCUCAUUGACGGCCAAGGAGACUUCCAUGAGUUUUACUCGCCGUCAAUAGAUCCAGUCGCCGCGCGCUUCCUUCGCGUAAGGCAUGCUGCCACUGGGGGACGCUAUCCGCAUCCUUUAUCAUCGAGCCGUUUCAUCCGUGGGUUGAAGACGAAGCUCCCCUUCAUGCCUAACCUGUCGGAUCCAGAAUAUAUCCCGACAAGAUUGAUGCAGAUGUUCGAUAUCCUAGCCAAGUAUUUCCCCCAGCACAAGCUGGUGACGAGCGAUUUCCACUCCCUGCCGGACACAAUCAAGGGGGUUAAUGCUCCGGUCGUGCAAACGAGAUAUCAAAGGACGACUGUGCCUGUUACAACACCCCUCGUUCACCAAGGCUACUUCGAUAUCCUCUUCCCCACAGACUUCACAGUCAUGGAAAACGUGUACCAAGCACUGACCGGCAAGCUCACCCGCGUCCUCUCGCACGAGGAGUUCCUACAGAGAUGGGCGGAUGUGGAAGGGACGGAAACGAAGAGCGGCGAGAACCCGUUGUUGACUUGGUAUAAGAAUGCUAGUGUCAUGACUACUGUGUAAGAUGUAUUAUUUAUGUAUAUAUAGGGGGUCAGUUGGAAUAGUAUGAUGAUACCCAUGGC